CACAUUGACUUUCGAGCAUGAUCUUUGCGAUAAGGUCUAGACACCGAGCAGCCUGGACUCGGGAAGGAAUCGUGAUCGACUCUAGCGCAAGAAAGGUGUUUCAUCUGGAAAUCGAUCAAGCAAAAAGCGCAGAUACACCGUACAUAAGGGGAAGCUGUUGAUGCUCACUGAUUCCAGACGAAGAGCGUGUGGCCUACAUGCAGUCCCCAACACCAACGAAAACGGAAAAUCAGUUCAUCUACAGUCAUGGCGCUGUACGGACCAACAAGCUAGCUCGCAAGUGUCAAUGUAUCCCCCAAAUCAGGAAUUGGGCCUACCACCCCGAGGGACUGGAAUGACAUUGGAUGGAGUGACUGUGCCAGCUCCGAUUCGCCCAUCCGUUCAAAGAACCCAAGAGUGGUACUCGGAGCGCGGCUGCAAAGCAAUCUGCCGAAACAACCGCUCAGUCGAGCUUGGACAAACACCUCUUCACAAUCCCGGAGAUAGACUGUAUCGCCCCUACAAAGAAGGCAUUAGCCUUAGGGUAGUAUCAGCCGACUCAACGGAGCUCACGGUUGUGUUUUGGGUGCUUCCACCAGCAUUACAACCAGCCCGUCCCUCUACCUCAUCCCCAGGCCGCAUUAGAAACCCCAUGUCUAUGAACCAUUUGGUCAGUCCCGCGAAACCAAACAAGAGAAUCACCAUCGAACGUCUAAGCCUCCAUGGAAGACAACGGAUGUUCUUUCCAGGUGACUCAAUACCAUCAAAACUGCGGGCUAGCCAGAAGCGCAGUCGAUGAGAUUGAGACUGGGUAGGGUCUAUAUUGACUCUUCAGUCCGGAGCAAAAGCCACUUCUUGAAGGUGCUGGAAAGCACCUGUGGAUAUUGCCGAACACCUGGAGCUAUACUACGACCGCCAGAAACGAGAACAUCCUCAGCAAACUCUCGACUUUGGAGCAAGACCUGACAGUAGAUCACCGAAACAAUUGAGCUGGCCGAACAAUCAGG